UUUAACUGAACGCCGGAGAAGACUCAAUUCUUGUACCUCAUUCUUAUCUGUAACUGCCACCGUCGAUUCUGUUACGGUGAAGUAACCGCCACCAAAUGCAGCAGCCUGGGGAGCAGAGCGACGUGCCAUUCAGAAGGAUUCCACCGAAGCCGCGCCGACAGCGUCGCCUCAGGCGAUGGAGCUUCGGUUCGCGUGCUGCCUCUAGGGUUUACGAGCUUCAGCCUCGUGAAGAAAUGCAGCAAAAUGCCUUGCAAACGCGGGUGACUAGAAUAACUGACUUGGACAGAGCCUAUUUCGACUGUUACGCUCACAUUGGCGUCCACGAAGAGAUGAUAAAGGAUCGUGUGCGGACUGAUGCAUAUAAGAAUGCAAUAAUGCAUCAUAAAGAUUUUAUUAAAAACAAAGUUGUACUUGAUGUUGGAUGUGGUACAGGGAUCCUUUCUAUAUUUUGUGCUCAGGCUGGUGCCAAGCGGGUGUAUGCAGUUGAAGCAAGUAGCAUUGCCCUGCAGGCAAGAAGGGUUGUUGAAGCUAAUAAUCUUUCAAAUGUUAUCAUGGUAUUGCAUGGACUAGUUGAGGAUGCUGAAAUCAAGGAAAAGGUCGAUGUUAUAAUUUCAGAAUGGAUGGGCUAUAUGCUUGUAUAUGAGAGCAUGCUUGGAAGUGUUAUUACUGCCAGAGAUCGAUGGCUCAAACCUGGAGGUCUGAUUCUUCCUUCAAAUGCAAGGUUGUACAUGGCUCCUUUUACCCAUACCAAAAGAUACCAUGAAAGUGUUGACUUCUGGCGCAAUGUUUAUGGAAUUGAUAUGUCUGCCUUGCUACCAUUAGCAAAACAGGGUGAGUUUGAAGAACCUUCUGUCGAGACAAUUACUGGUGAAAAUGUUUUGACAUCGCCACGUACAGUGAAAUAUGUCAACUGUUACUCUAUUACCAUUCCUGAGCUAAAAUGCAUAACGACAAGGUUUAAGUUCAACUCAUUGGUGAAAGCACCACUACAUGGUUUUGCAUUUUGGUUUGAAGUUGAAUUUGAUUCGCCAGCACCAGUGCUAUCACCAAUGCCAAUCAAUUUUCUGUUACCAGCUUCAUCUGUUGACAAUGAUCCAGUGGACGGUAGUCAGGGGGAAAAGUGUAGAAACCGAAAGCUGCUCCUGUCAACUGCACCUGAAGACCCGCCAACACACUGGCAACAGACCUUGAUAUACUUUUAUGAUCCAAUAGAGCUUGAACAAGAUCAACUUAUUGAAGGAAUGGUGGCACUGUCACAAAGCCAAGAACAUGCCCGGUUUAUAAAUAUUCACCUUGAAUAUACUUCAGAAGGUCGAUCCCAUGUGAAAGAGACCACUAUGAGAUGAUCAAGUAGUUUUCAAUUGUCUUGUGGGUGAAGAUCUCAAUCUCAUCCAGGUGAAUAUUGUGUCUAUUCUCACUUCGUUUCCUCAACAGAACUGAGAUAACAAAAACCCGCUUAGCCUUACAUGCUAGAUUACUCU